UGAUAAUCUCUUUUGAGACGUUCAGCAGUGUAGAAGGUGCAUACGGGAAAAAAUAAUUUUCUCAGUUCGUUUCCUGUGCUUUUGCAAGUGAAGUUUGUUCAUUCAAUAACUUCAAUCCCACCAAGUGGUGUCGUUGUCCCCGACAGGGACCAUUUUCGUCAGAAUAGUGCACGGAAAGAAGGAGGGUGGCACCAUUCCCGCAUUUCGAGGGGCACCCACCAAUAUCCGUAUCCGCAACGGAGCUGUAGGAAUAUUUUGUCGUCGCGUUGUAAUACUGGACCGAAAAGCUGAAGAGUGACCUUUUAGCUUGAAGUGAACCGCUGUUUUUGGUGUGAGAAUACAAACUCUACACACCCGCGCGCGUAAGCCAAGGUGUUGAGCUGCUUCCUUUGGCAAAACAACAACAAACGCAGUUUUAUCGCAGCAGCGCAUAGCGGAAAACAUUUCUCCCGGGUUGGUGUGUGCUUCGAACGCGUAGAAAAACGCGGAAAGAGCAUAUCUUCCUACGCGCUAUAGCCCUAAGGACAGCAGGGGCGCCGUCAGAUAUAGAGAAAAAGAACCCAGCUCCUAGUGGUGAUCACCUAUCAACAAAUUAGAAAGCCCGAUUGUCCCCGGUGCGCUGACCGUCAAUCAAACAAUAUAACCCCCCUCUCCUCCACAACACUCUCGUAGGCGAGCGAAAGAUCCUUUGUUUGGUUUGGUGGAUAACUCCAUCUCGAAACGAGUGUACUGCGAGCGGAUAAGAAAAAUCGAGGAUGGCAUUAAAAAGAAUUAACAAGGAAUUACAAGACUUGGGGAGGGACCCACCAGCACAAUGUUCAGCCGGUCCAGUCGGCGAUGACUUGUUCCACUGGCAGGCAACGAUCAUGGGCCCGCCAGACAGUCCGUACCAGGGAGGCGUAUUUUUCCUUACAAUACAUUUCCCAACAGACUACCCAUUCAAACCACCAAAAGUGGCUUUUACGACACGUAUAUAUCAUCCAAACAUCAACAGCAACGGGUCGAUCUGUCUGGAUAUAUUAAGAUCUCAAUGGUCUCCCGCCCUGACAAUUUCAAAGGUGUUGUUGUCCAUCUGCUCUCUGUUGUGUGAUCCCAACCCCGACGACCCACUGGUGCCGGAGAUCGCCAGAAUAUAUAAAACCGAUCGGGAAAAAUAUAAUGAACUUGCCCGGGAAUGGACAAGAAAGUAUGCUAUGUGAUGCGUUCCAGACGAAACAUUGCUACGUAAACCCUACACCUACACGAACGACAAACAUAAGAGCAGCAGCGUGCAGUUUACCAUCCACUAUUCGCGCGAAAACACCAGCAGCAAAAACAUCAGCCAGUAUGGUUGUAGGCAGAAGCAGAAGCAGUCCUGGGACGGUAUUGAUAGAGGUAGCAUCAUCAAAAUUUUCAAUAAUAGCAGCAGCAUUGUGUGCUUGCAGUACCACAAACUGCAACAGCAGCAGCAGCAGAACAAGAAACAACGGGAAAGGAAAGUUACAACGGUGCAUAACACGAUGAUGGAUUAUUGCUAUGUGAGCGGCAGCUCGACUGGUGGUGGAUCCUUUCAGCACCACCAUGAAAACAGCUGUCAUCUGGUGCAGCAACAACGUCGCACUCUCCGUAUGCUGAACCAACAGCGAGACAGCAUACUUCCGUACUAUAAUCAUCAACGCAAUAGAACCGACAGCGAGGCAAACAGACAGGUUGCUAAAAGCAACCUUUCUUUGACUGACCAACUCCACAACACCAUUCACAGUAACGACAGCAAUAAUAUUACUAUCCCUUACUACCGUUACGCAGUCGUCGGUACGCCGUUGGCUAGAUGCUUCUGGCAGAUCAUCGUCCAGCAGCACGACGGUGGUGUUGACAGCAGUGGUUUUGCUCACUACUGUUGCUGCUGCUGCGGUGACAGCAACCACAAUCUUUGCUGUCACAAUUUCGCACCAACCGCUACUGCUACUCGGCCUUUUUAGACUAUUAUUUUUACACAUAGAACGCCUUUUUUUGUCUCACACGAAACCGAGAUGGAAGGGGCAUAGUUAUGAUUUUUUUCUUGUGAUGAUUGAUCCAUCAUUUAUGCAACCCCCCCCCUCUCCCCGUCGCGCCAUAUUUUUCGUAGCGCAAACGACAGAAUCACGAGUAAGCAUAGCAAGCUUUCACACGAAACGAUACAGAAUUCAAACUAAAUUUGUACACCGUGUUUAGUUUGGAGUGUCGGGCUAUAUAAUAGAGAUAAUGCUGAGCAUACGCGCGAAAGGGUAAACACAGCGAAUGGUUAAGGACUUAGUGAGGAGAAAAGAAAUAAUAUCAGGAGAAGAGGAGGAGAUGGUCGAGAGGAGUAGGAGGACGAUAACAGUUGUGUUAUAGUCGCAGAUCUUUAUAAGUUAUUUAUUCAAUAAUUGUCGUCUGCAUUACGUUGUUUGCCCUGCCAGAGAUACCAACAGGCUAGACUAGCGUUUCAACGCAUUACAACCCCCCCCCAACUCAGCAUUAAUUCUCCCAAUGCCGGCGGUAUCUGUCAAAAACAUCCAAGACACUCUAUACCCGUCCAGGCACACACUCCUAGCUCGACUCACACAAAAGACACUAGAAACAUUCGACAAAAAGAAAACUCGUUAAUGGGGCGACGGAAAAAAUACUAUUUGGUUCGUUUAUGUCAAUGAUGAUCAAAAUUCAUAAUGCAAUAAUUACAGCAACAAAGAAUAAAUACCAUUACAAAAGAUGAUCGUUCUUGGAUAGAUACCCCUGCUCUCGUCCUCCCAUUGCUGGCCCCAAUCUUGUAUGUGUGUGUAUGUAUGUAUGUAUGUGUGUGUUUGAUGCACACAUAAAUGCCGAGCAGCAUAGCAAAACAAAACAAAAUCUUGCAUGCAAAGAAAACCCUAAUGCAACCCGAUGCUGGAUGCACUAGUGUGUUUGUAUCUUGUGUGCAUCGAUUAUCCUUUCAUUCUCUGGUGAGAAAUAAGCAAUGAAUUUGGUUAUUUGGCUGGUAAAGAAGCCCGCCCGUGUGAGACAAAAGACCGUCAAGAUAAUAUUCAGUGCGAUCAUGUAACUCGUUCGACCCCGGGGGCUUUUGGCGCUCAAUAGAAAAUGAACCAAGGGAAAAAAAAAAAUAUUUCAUCAAGAACGGCCAGGCCGUAUUGCUUUAGAACUUAAUCUAAUUACUAGCUAAUCUAGUUUACAAUUCGCAUUCGUUUGAAGAUCCUUCUCCAAACAGUGAAAAGUCACCUUAUAUCCCUUGUGUACUCGGUCAAGGAGAAAAUUUUAUAAAAUCCAAAAUCACUAAUUUUAUUACUUUUAGCUCUAGGGCGACCCGGUGCCAUGAUGGUAGCGGCGCCGGUCUUUACAAGAACGAACCGGAUCAAAAUUCCAUUCGGACCAAAUCCCCUGUAGCAACAGGGUUUGACAAAUAGAAGAUUAUAAUGUUUUUAAUAAACCCGGGGAUCGGUAAUUUGGGGCGGGGUUCACACACGGCAGGAAAAAUAUGAAACAUUAGGAAUUUAAUUUUCGGAUCCGUAGCUCGCAAGGUACCCCGCACCCAGGAGAGCAGGAGUUGCAUGAUCCCACUGAUUUAAGACCCGUUCUAGGGACAAAACAGAAGGGUGCGCGUGGCUGAGCAGAGGGGUAGAGAAAGAGAGAGAGAGAGAAGGAAAGGUGAUCUGUUACAUACUACAACCAACAACAUCAAAAAUACCACACAACGUAUAAUAUUCCGCUCCUGCUGUAUGUGAGCGCAUAACACAGAAGAAUAAAGGGAAAAAAUAACAGCCAAGUAGAAUUAUUAAUGAAUGAUUGGAUAAGAACAGACCCUGUCAAAAUAUACGGGGUGCCUGCGGGCUAUGAUUUUACAUACGAGCAGGCUCGUGGGCCCCAAAACAGUUUGGCAUCACUGGGAUAGAGGCAGCGAAAGAGAGAUAAAAAAUAAAUGAAAAGCGCAGAAUGUGAAGUGUUUUAUGUGAGAUAAUAAGAAACUGGCGUUACUGGCGUUAGCACACAAAAACAAGAUGAAAAAAAAAACGGAAAAAUUAAAAUCAGUUAGAAAGAUUCACGAGACGCGAAGAAGAAAUACUAGU